AUGCCGACAAGUGUUAAAAGUUUAACAGUUUAUAAAAGAAAUGUCUAUAAUCAUUAUUAUCAUCAUCAUCAUUCUUAUACAUCAGAUAAUGAACUUAUUCGUGAAACAUCCUACGGUCUUGUAAGAGGACUUGAAUUUAAAUUUACCGUUGGUGGUGAUACAUCACAUAUUUUACAUCGUGUACACGCUUGGCUAGGUAUUCCAUUUGCUAAACCGCCUAUUGAACAAAGACGAUUUCGUUUACCUGAACCACCAGUACCCUGGACAAAUAUUUAUAAUGCAACUCAAUUACCAGCAACAUGUUGGCAAACAGAACAAAUUGUCUAUAAUUUAUCAGCAGAAAAAAUUUGGUCACCAAAUACUGUUCGUAGUGAAAAUUGUUUAUAUUUAAAUGUUUGGGUACCUGUUCAACGAUAUCCAAAAACAAAAUUAGCCGUACUUGUAUGGAUAUAUGGUGGAGGCUUUGUAACUGGAACAGCUAGUCUCGAUAUUUAUGAUGGACGUAUUUUAUCAGCAUUAAACAAUGUGAUAGUUGUAUCAAUGCAAUAUAGACUACAAAGUUUUGGUUUUCUUUAUUUAGGAAAGCCAGAUGCACCAGGAAUGUAUGAUCAAGUACUAGCAUUAGAAUGGAUUGCCAAUAAUAUUCAAAAUUUUGGCGGUGAUUCUAAACGUAUAACAUUGUUUGGUGAGAGUGCUGGUGCCGUAUCGGUUGGAUUUCAUUUACUCUCACCAAAGAGUCGAUCAUUAUUUAAUUCAGCUAUUUUACAAAGUGGUGGUCCAACGGCAAGAUGGAGUUUUAUAACACAGUCUGAGGCUUAUAAUCGUAGUAAAAAAUUUUUACAUGAAUUCUAUUCACUUGUUAAUAAUCGUUUACUUGAUAAACCAUGGGAAUCAAAUAGAAUACCUGAUGUCUGUAAACAGAGUAAUACAGACGAUAUUGAAAUACAAUUUCAAUGUGCCCUUCAAUAUCCAGUAUUAGAUGAAGAACAUUAUGGUUAUACUUGGACAAAUGCCGAAUAUACAAUUCAAGAUGGUGGUCCAGUAUUUUUUCUAUUAAUGCCAGUUAUUGAUGGAACAUUUCUACCACAAAAUCCCAUUACAAUGUUAAAAACAGGAAAUUUUAAAAAAUGUCCAUUAUUGUUAGGUGCAAAUCGAGAUGAAGGCAGUUAUUUUAUGGUCUAUGCGACGGGAAAUGAUAAGGUUCCUGGUAAUGCUUUACCAGAUGUUUCUUAUUCAACAUUUUUAAAACAUUUAGAAUUAUAUUAUAAUUAUAUUCCUUCUUAUCCUUACAAAGUUACAAUGGCCAACACAUAUUCCGAAGCAUCUCAAGAUGUAUUUUUCUAUUAUUUUAUUGCACGUCCAUCUGUAUCUGAUUGGCAUCAAUGGACUGGUGUUAUGCACGCGGAUGAAAUUAUGUUCAUUUUUGGUGAACCUCUAAAUCAUACAGAUCAGAAAAACUAUACAACAGAAGAAGUACAAUUAAGUAAACGAAUUAUGUCGUAUUGGAGUAAUUUUGCAAAAUAUGAUGAUCCAAAUGGUAACGAUACAAAUAUUCCAUAUGACUGGCCAAAAUAUUCUUAUCCAGCUCGACAGCAUAUUGUUUUGGAUACAAAUAGUAAAACUACAGGAGUAGCAUUACGUGCAGAAUAUUGUGCAUUUUGGGAAGAAUAUGUUCCAACUUUAUUAGAAGAAUUUGGUAAGUGA